AUGGAUAAACAUAUAGACCCUCUUUCCACUGGUUUUGUUGAAUCAAACUACGAUAUGACAAGUAUUAAAGUUGAAAAAACUGAAGUCGACAACAUUUCAAAUUCAAUUCUGGAGCCCCUAUCUAUUGACAAACCAAACAUCAUGUCUGUAAAUAAAUGGGAGGUCGACGAAAUCGAUAUUGAUUGUUAUUUCAAAUCUACGAUAGUAAUUAAAGAAAAUCAAGAAUUAGCAGUUGUAAAAGACGAAUAUGUGGACACGCCUUCUACUAGCAAAUUAAACACUAUGUCUGUAACUAAAUGGGAGGUCGACGAUAUCGAUAAAGAUUGUUAUUUCAAAUCUACGAUACAUAUUGAAGAAAAUCAAGAUGUAGCACUUAUCAAGGACGAAUAUGUGAAUACUCUUUCUACUUCUUUUGGUGGAUCAGACUUCAAUACAACAAGUAUUAAAAAUAAAGAAACAUCAGUUAAAAAACCAAACACAGUGGCUGAAGUUAAACAGGAGGUCUAUGAUAUCGAUAGUGAUUGUUGUUUUGUAUCUGAUAUAGAAGUUGAGGAAACCCAACACUUAGCAGUUAUUAAGGACGAAGAUGUGCAUCUUCAUUUCAUCGACACCACACUCAGUAAUAUAAAAUACAAUCAAAUUCAAACUGAAGAAUUCCCAUCCACGGCCGAGAAACCAUUUCAUUGUGAAUUAGGAUUAAAAACAUUGUCAUCAUUGAAGCUAAACAAUCACAAAAGGCCACACACAAGCAAGAGGUCUUUUCAAUGUGAAAUAUGUAAGAAGACAUUUUCACAUUCUGGAAAUCUUAAUAAACACAAAACGACACACACGGGUGAGAAACCUUUUCAAUGUAAGAUCUGUAAGAAGUCAUUUUCACGUUCUGAUAACCUUAAAUUACACAAAACGACACACACGGGCGAGAGGCCAUUUCAAUGUGAAACAUGUAAGAAGUCAUUUUCACAAUCUGUUAAUCUUAAUAAACACAAAACGACACACACGGGUGAGAAACCUUAUCAAUGUAAGAUCUGUACGAAGUCAUUUUCACGUUCUGAUCACCUUAAAUUACACAAAACGACACACACGGGCGAGAGGCCAUUUCAAUGUGAGAUAUGUAAGAAGACAUUUUCACGUUCUGGACACCUUAAAUUACACAAAACGACACACACGGGCGAGAGGCCAUUUCAAUGUGACACAUGUAAGAAGUCAUUUUCACAAUCUGUUAAUCUUAAAACGCACAAAACGACACACACGGGUGAGAAACCUUUUCAAUGUAAGAUCUGUACGAAAUCAUUUUCACGUUCUGAUCACCUUAAAUCACACAAAAUGACACACACGGGCGAGAGGCCAUUUCAAUGUGAUAUAUGUAAGAAGACAUUUUUACGUUCUGGACACCUUAAAAAUCACAAAAUGACACACACGGGUGAGAGGCCAUUUCAAUGUGAAAUAUGUAAGAAGACAUUUUCACGUUCUGGACACCUUAAAGUACACAAAAUGACACAUAUAGGUGAAAGGUCCAUCAUGCCAAAACAUGUUUAAACAUUUAAAUAGUCAUAAAAUAAUUAAAACUAU